ACUUCCGGGCUCUCGGUUCUCGAGACCGGGGGGCUUUACUGAGUUCAAUGAAAUGAUAUAUUCAUUAUUCCAGCCAUGUAAAUACUGUGGAAUGCUCUCAUGAAGUAUGUAACAACUGCUGUAGUAUUCUCCGCAGGUCCUGCUGCUAUGUAACCUGUGCCCAUCUAAUCCCAUCUUGAGGUUGGCCGGCGCUGUAAAACACACCUAGACGAUUGUGAAUAUGGAGGACCAAGCAAGUCCACGGUCUUCAGUGUCAUCAACAUCCUACACUUUUUCAAUUCCAACAAAUUUGAUCAGAGCUUCGGUGUCAGGACCCCACAGAACCUCGUCCACACUGACAACGCAUCCACCUGGGACUCUAUCUGAGGGCCAUCGUGAAAGCAUCGCCGAAGACGAGCAGGACAGGAAGAAGAGUCGUAGCUUCAGCUUGAGGCCUGGGGUGCUACAAAGCAAUGUGCGGCGUCCUUCUGCGAUACGAACAGCCCGGCCGUCCCGAUCCAGUGCAGCGUAUAACAGAACUGCUUCGGUGGCAGCAUACAAUGCACUUGUAGCAAGAGAUGAAAAAAAUAAACAAAGGCGCGACACUCAACUGGUAGCGCCCGAGGAUGCCCUCCUGGAGGAGGUCCCAGCAAACGCGCAUGUCCAAGAACAUGGUAUAACUGAACCGCCCCGCGUUUACAAACCGACCAUCUCAUUUCAAAUACCGAAUUUCUCGGGCACAGAGGCGCCUGCGACUCUUGAAAAGAUCCUGUCAGAAGAGUCGCCCCCAGAUGACGGAGAGAAAGUGUCACCGGAAGACAAACCCACGGUCGACCGCGUGUGCUUUCAGGAUACACCCCGUCGAAGCACCUUUUCUCGUCCCAAUGCCGGGGCUUACCUUCGCAAGGCCAGUGUUGCUGUGAUGGGGGCCAUGUCAGGUUUUGUGACACGCGACCGGCAAAGCAGUAUCAAACGCACUUACGAGAGAGCCAAGUUGAGACAAUUGGAGAUCCAACGAAGCAAGCCGGUGCAGCUCUUUUUCCGAUACGCGAUAUAUCUCGUCCUCGUAUGUUUCACUUACUUUGUGCUGGUUGGAAGACCACUUUGGGGCGGUACGAUUUGGUAUGCUUAUAUCCUGAUCGCCAAACACCUGACGUUCACUGGCGGUUCCGGAGUGUUCCUGGGAAUUGCAUUUUUAUAUGCCUACCUCCCUCUCUUGACACUGUUCGAAACGCAAGCUUCAGCGAAGGCUCCAGCCAAUUCGGAUCCAGAACGCAACCCAUGUGAGAUAUCGGGCGGGUACAGCGAAGGUGCCAAAACCACAGCGCUUCUGAUUCCAUGUUACAAGUCAGCUUCACUGCUUCCUGCAACAUUGGAAUCAGCUCUUAAAGUGUUCCCCAAGGAGAACAUCUUCAUCCUCGCCAAUGGGAACUCACCGACACCUCUGGACGACACCGAGUCUGUUUGCACCCGGUAUGGAGUCAACCAUACAUGGGUACCGGUCGGCAGCAAGAUAGUCGCACAAUACGUUGGCUGCUACGUCUCCAAAGGCUUUCCAUAUGCACUUCUCAUCGACGACGAUUGUCUUCUGCCGCCAGAUUUUCCGGUCGUGACGGAACGAUUCAACGACCGAGUGAAAACCCUUGGUUACACCAUCACAAGCACAGGACCAAACCACACCAAAGGAACUUACUGUCAACAGGCACAAGAUCUGGAGUACAAACUCUCUGGGCUGCAACGUCUCUUUGCCGGAAAGGUGGGUAGUGCCACAUUUGCUCACGGCGCCAUUGUGCUAUGGGACCGCGACUUCCUCCUCCAAACGUUCAAGCUGCACCCCGGCUUCAGCAUCAGUGAGGAUUGGUUCUUCGGUCAUGUCGCACGAUGCCAGGGCUCGAGAAUCCCGAUGUGCUCGGCGGUAUUUGUCGAAACCGAGACGCCCGCUAAUCUUUUCUUCUCCUCGAGCGGAGCAUCGAGAGGCGGAUUCGGCGAAAUGACGGUCUUCAAACAACGAUUCAAACGAUGGAACUUCUUCUUCGUCUUUGGCAUGUGGUAUGACAUGCAGUACAUCCUUUGCAGCUGGAAGCUCAGACCUCUUUGGUGCGAAAUCGGUGCCAAAAUCUUUGUGUUCCAGGAGGUGUACGAAACGCUUCUAUACCUCUUCACACCCAUUGUCCUGCCGAUUUCGUUUGCUGUCAGGCCCUUGUACACCUUUUAUCUCCUCCUGGCCACGGUGGGGUUGUAUGUGGUCAACGCCAUGAUAUUCAAUGAGAUCCACUUACGCCUGACGGGAAGGAUGGUCAAUCGCGUCAUGCUUUUGACAUACUAUAUGCCUUUCAAAUUGGCAUUGACCUUUGUCAAUGUCGGGAGUUGUUAUUGGAGUAUAUGGCAAUAUGCAAAGUACUUCUCAAGGCGCCAUGCGCGCAUUAUCGAAGAUGACAAAGCUGUAGGAGUCGUGCUGAAGGUCGAAGAGGAGGAGAGCGGUAUUGACGAGGAAAGUUCUUUGAGGAAAAAUUCUAGCUCAUCUUCCGCUCCUGCGCAAGCGCCGAUGAUGGGAGGAAGAAGGAUGACUGUCACCGCGGUGGUAGUGGGAAACAAAGGAGUUGUCGUUCAGGAUGUGGAUUCUUCCGAGAAGAGCACGGCACCUGAAGAUUCCGCCGGCGAACCGGAGUUGCAAGAAACUCAUGGCGUGGCUACAGCGGAUUUCGCUUAUCGAAGUUGAAGACGAUGAUUUUGUAGCACGUAAAGCUUUGAUAGCAUGAACAUUGUCCUCUUCCUAGUGUUUUAACUGGGCGCCACGCAUCUUGACAUGAGUGAAUGUGCGUAUGUGCAGGCGUGUCUGCGUAAUGUUAACAUACUUCCUGAGACUCACGGUGUUUACGGGCAACGUCUCGGUCAGAGCAGUCUCGCGUCAAGCAGCGUGGCAUCCGUAGGGCAGAGAUAAUGGUUUAAC